AUGGAAGCAUUUGAGACGACGUUUUCCGUCAUUGGACUUGAUUACAAGGAUAAUCUAGAAACGAUUCUCCCCAUUCUUCAACGUGUUUCCGACGAUAAUCUGGACAAAGUUUUAAUUGAGGGAACACAGAUCGAGAGAGUGAAACCUAUCGCUGAAGAACUGCAAAUAGCCUUGAAAAAAAGACAACAGGACGGAAAGCUUCUGUUGAGGAGAAAAAAACGAAAGAAUUCUGACUUGGAAGAGCAUCCACCGGCGAAACGGCAGAAUUCUAAGCGUCCACCAGGAUCAGCAUCAACAUCAAAACCAGCAUCAGACCUAGUACCAGACCCAGACCCAGCACCAGCAUUAGCAUCUGGCCCAGCACCAGCCCCAGACCCAGCACCAGUGGCGGAACGGCCGAUAAUAGACCUGAACAAGCUACCGGAUGAGUGGCAUUGA